AUGGCAGCUGCAGGCAACGCUCAGAACGUUAUCCGAAGGAAGCUCGUCAUCAUAGGAGACGGAGCUUGCGGCAAGACAAGUUUGCUCAGUGUCUUCACAUUGGGCUACUUCCCCACACUUGCUUCGUCCCACCGGUCUCAGACGUUGGCUAAUGCGAAGACAGUGGACGGCAAGUCCGUGCAACUAGCACUAUGGGAUACGGCAGGACAGGAGGACUACGAACGACUACGACCGUUGGCAUAUUCCAAGGCGCAUGUCUUGCUGAUAGGCUUCUCGGUCGACACCCCCGACUCACUCGACAACGUUAAGCACAAGUGGAUCGAGGAAGCGACCGAACGAUGCCCCGGCGUACCAAUCAUCCUGGUCGGCUUGAAGAAGGAUCUCCGCGAAGACCCGGUUGCGAUUGAGGAGAUGCGCAAGAAGAGUCUCCGCUUCGUCACACAGCACGACGGCGAGGUGGCCGCGCGGGAAAUUGGCGCACGGAAAUACCUCGAGUGCUCCAGUCUCUCGGGCGAGGGCGUCGACGACGUGUUUGAGGCAGCCACGAGAGCGGCGCUGCUUACUUUCGAGAGGGGUGAAGGCGGUGGUUGCUGCGUCAUAUUAUGA